AUGCACCCACUGCAGCGCGCAGCGUUCAAGUUCAGCGCCAGGUCGCCAUGGCUGCGGCAACGAACACAGGGAUUGCGAGUGCGACACAAGCAACAAGCGCAGAGAAACUCCUCCACCAAUCCUCCGAAAGACCAAACCACUCCCCAGCCAGCAAGAUCCAACGACUUGCCGCCUCACUCGCUCAACGAGGUGCCAGUUGGCGAGACCGCAAAGCCUAUCGAGCCAGUCGAUAUUCCCAUCCAGCUAUGGUAUCACCGGCUAGGUCCCGUCUCGGACUUCUUCAGAUGGUUUCAUCGCACGCAGGCGAAGAGGCCAUACACGGUCCAACUAUGUACGACUCUGACAACUUACCUAUGCGGUGAUCUACUCGCGCAAGAUAUUGGUGGAGAACUCUACGAUCCUUGGAGAACGCUGCGGAUGUUGACCAUCGGAGCGAUUGCUGCCAUUCCUGGAUAUAAGUGGUUUCUUUUCCUGGGACGGAACUUCAACUACUCCUCCAAAGUCGGAUCUAUUGCCACCAAAGUGGCUGUUAAUCAAGCGGUCUUCACACCCGUGUUCAACUCCUACUUCUUCGGUAUGCAAGCGCUGCUGACCGGCGAACAUGCUUCCGGCAUUAUCACCCGCAUCAGGACCACCGUCCCUGUCAGCAUGCUCAACUCCUUGAAGCUGUGGCCGGCUGUCACGGCUUUCUCGUUCGCCUUCAUUGCGCCGCAGUACAGGUUCAUGUUUUCGGGGAUCUUUGCCGUGGCAUGGCAGUGCUAUUUGAGCUUCUUGAACAGGAAGGAAGAAAAGAUUGAGGCGCAGGUUGAUACACUGAGUAACCCCGUGAUACCGCAGGGCACGGUCGUGAAAUAG